AGUACAGAAGUAUGCUGCAUUUGUAUCAAUGGUCAAAACAAUAUUGGAAUCAUUAGCACCGGCUGUUUUAUCAUUGUUUCUUGGUGUGUGGUCAGAUUCCCAUGGUCGGAAGCCUCUUGUCGUUUGGCCGUUGUUUGGAUGACCAUAGUGGAAGCGUCGGUUUCGGUUGGUAGCGUCAUUGGCUCAGUGGCUAGCUCAUAUCUGCUAAGAGCUGUCGGGAAUGUAUACCUCCUAUUGAUUACGUCAUCGUUAUAUGUAAUUGCAUAUGUAUUUACAAACGUCGUUCUAGAGGAGUCUCUAAGAGGUGCUGUUAAGGGUGGACUCAAAUCAGUUCUCAACAUAUCACUUAUUAAGGAAAUGAUAACAGAAUGUUUUAAAGAGCGCCCUAACCACGGACGAGCUCAAAUACUACUCCUGACAGUCGCAAACAGUCUCUCCGUAUUCAUACUGUAUGGAGUAAUGAGCUUGGAAUACUUGUACACCAGACACAAGUUGAACUGGGCUAUCAAGCAGUACACCUUGUACUCAGCCGUUCACACAACUGUGAACUUUGUUGGUGCAUUCUUCGGUGUUGUCGUGGUGCAGAGAUUGUUCCACGUUACGGAUUUGGCGUUUUCGAUUGUCGCAUUCUUGUCAGCUACUUCGGAACACCUUAUAAAGGCUUUCGCAGUUAUGUCGUGGCAUUUGUAUUUAGGGGCAGGAAUAGCUGUGUUCAGAGGGUUGUCGUCUCCGUUGAUUAGAUCGAUGUUGACAAAGAUCCUGCCGCCUCAGGACAUAGCUAAAGUAUUCGCCCUGAUGUGUGCCAUAGAAGGUGUGUCGCCGCUCGUAUCGCCAGCUCUCUACAACUCGCUGUACGCGUACACGAUAUCCUCAUUCCCUGGAGCCAUCUACAUAUUGAGCUGCGGGAUUACUGGACUGUGUGCGAUAUUCCUCGGGUUCGUGCAAUAUUUUAGAUGGAACUCUCCGUCCAUCAUUUACGACAGCUUGAACGAGAACCAAGAAGGAGAAGAAUAGACCAAGGUUUUAUUUACAAUAAUAAGUAAUACUACAUAUAUUAUAUUUACAAUAAUUGUAUUGUACAUCAUUUUUACAUUAUAUUAUACAAUAUUUUACCAUUUUAUUAUACACAUAUAAUAGUUUUACCAAUAUAUUUUGUAUCUUUAGUUACCAGUGUAUGGGUAUGCUUUUUUAUAUUAUAAUAAUCUUUUCAUUAGGAUUAGUCUUUUAAUGCACUGAACUUAAAGCAAUGUUAGCAAUGAGUUAAUUUAUAGCACGCUAUAAUUAAAUUAUUUUGCAAAUUAAUAUAUAAUAGUUAUUUAUAUAGAUUGCGCUUUAAACAAAAUCACACUCACCAGUAGUUUUGAUAAGGCAAAAAUGUUUUUAUAAUUAUUGACAAUAAGUGCUACUUUAACAUGCUCUAAAUACAUUAGUUUUAAAAAUUAGUCUAAGCUAAAAGGAUUUUUUAUGCUCAAUGUGAUCUGUGAUAAAUAAUUUAUAAAUUUCGUUAACAAUUUUUCAAUAUUUUAUAUGAAUAAAUAAGAAAAGAAUAAACUUCACAAUUUAAAAAUGGAAUGUUAGCUUGGACAGUGUGUUACUUAAGAAGAGUGCUCGUAAACAACACGAGAGACAAACAUAAACUUGUUAUGCUUACUACUCCAUUAAGUUAAUUGUCUUUUAUUUUACGAUGUAUAUGCUUUUACAACAUAAUCCCAGAAGAUAUACAAAACAAAUAUAUGUUACGAAAUUUAAAAUAAUUGUUAAAAUACGGCUGUGUGGUAAAGGUUAAAUUAUUUUCUUAAUGAUACCACAGACUGGAAAUGAAGCGAACACACUCAGACUUUUUAAUUAUUAAUUAUAAUUGUACGAUAUUAAAUCGUAAUCCAUCUUUUUAUUAAUAAAAGCCCGCUGAGUUUCUUGUGCCCGUUCUUCUCAUGUCUGAGGCACACUAUUUUGAAUGGGUGGUAGGUAGUUUUUGAGGUUCAUUAGUGAUUUCAAAUCCUAUCUUGAAUAAAAAUAUUUGAAUUUGUAUUUUAAAAACUCAGAACAGAUUGCUGAAACAUUGCUGUUUGUGUAUCGUUCUUGUAUUCGGUCGAGAAUUGUUGUUUGUUUUGUUAAUUAAAAAGUUUUGUAAGUUUUGCCAAAAUAUUGCCAAGGAAAUUAGAAUUAAAUUAGGUAUAAGUUUGAGUGCAAUGCUUAUAGUAGUCAGUUGUAAAAAGAUUCAAAUAAAUCUUAAUAAAUAUUCAUUCAAGUUCGAAUAUGUUUAUUCAAUGUUGGAAAUUUCAAUUUAUUAAAAUUUAGAAUCUGUGUCAUUGGAAAAACAAAUGCAAUAGAUUGGAAAAACGGGCGCGAAAACUUACUAUUAAUAUUUAUUUUAUAAAAUAGCCUGGGGGACAUAUUGUCCUUUCCCAAUGUGUGUUGUCGGUAAUAAAUACAUUAUAAUUUCAAAAUGAAUGUAUUCUGUGCUUUGAAUGGAGUUAUGUUGUAAUAACAUGUCUAGGUACAUGUAAAAAAUAUAAUAUUAUAUUCCUACAACAGGUAAAAACUUUACAACUCGACUUAGACGAGUAGUAGGCAUAACAACAACAUUAUUGAUAAUGACGAAGGAGGAGCUCUAUGUGAAUGAAUAUUACUUUUAUUAUAUUUUACUUAUUUGUUCACUCGGAUUGUUUUUCCGGAAUUAUCAAAUUUCAAUGAUUUAUUCUUACAAUUGUUUGCAAUAAAUAUUAAAUUAUUAUUAUAAAUAAUGAUUAAGUGGUGAUAAUUGAACGAACAAUGACAAAUGUGAUGAAAUAUUAUUUUAUUAUCAUUAAGAAUUAUAAUCAUGAUGUGAUUUUUAUAUGCAAUAUAAUAUUAUACUAACGUAAAUUAUUUAAGAUAAUACAAUAUUAUGUACUUAGUCACAAUUUUGUGGUGCUUUUUAAAUAAUAUCUUUUCAAAUGUUUUUAUUGACUAAGGAUAUGACAGCAAAUAAAUAUUUUUUAUAUUCUUU